GUCCGCAGGGCUUGCUCGAUGCAAGGAUGAGUACAGGGCUGGCAAGGUCACACACAUCCCAUCCAUCCACGCACACACGCAUAACGAAGAAAAUCUGCAAGUGCUGGUGGUGGUUGACGAGAGAGCGACUACUUCUCUCUUUGCGAGGGUACCUUAGGUAGCAUCACAGUGGAGCCGGACUUUCGAGUGGCCUAUCCAAUGACAGGCAAGCCACGUAUGGGAACUGCCUCUUUUAGUCGCUCAAGGUCGUCUACCCUGCAGUUGGACCCCUGGCUCUGCUUGCAUCCACCGUCUUCCGCGAGUGUGACCGAGUGGUACAAUGCCCUUGUAUCGCUCAUCUCGAGUGGGGUGGUUGGUCCAGGUGGUCCCAAGGAUACCCACCAUGAUCCAAGUGACUCGACUACGGUCCAUCUAACCGGCCAAGCUCAUUGGAAUCCGCAAGCGCAUAUCCGGCUCAAGUCACCACGUCCUACCCCAAUGUGGGCUAAUUUGCAAAUGUUGCAUAUGUCGUGGUCUGUAAUUAGGCCACAAUGGUCAUGGGCUAAAAUAGGAAUUACCCCAAUAUUGCGCAUGUUGCUAUUUUUGAACACAGCCUUUGGGUUCGCGAUGCAGCUAAAGUGGUGGCCGAAGAGGACGAGGCCACGAUAUAAGUCUUUCACACCUCCAAUCUACCUAGCUUAAGAUUUCUUCAUGAUAGAGUUGUUGAAGGGUAGAAGAUCCAAGUGUCGUUCCAGUUUCUCUUUACCAUUUUCCUCUCUCUCCUCCUAACCUCCUCUUUCCCCUAUACCCUCUCUUUACACGCUAUACUCGACUAAC